AUGUUCUCCCAACAAACAGCUGCCCAUCUUGAUCUCCAAGCACGCAGACUCAAUUAUAACGACACCUUCAAUCCCCAACCGCUCUGCAGCUUCGCCUCAAAGCCUAAAUCCACUCUUAUCAAAGUGACUCGCACCGAAAAACGCAACGAUCGAAACCAUACCGGCCUCGCUGACGGGACUGCUACUGCUGAAGACCACCUCCCUCGAUAUUUCGCCAAAUCUGGCCAUCCCGACGCUGAUCCCACUGCCAUCAAGAAGCAAGGUGGUGGCAAGGGCAACUGGGGCAAGCCUGGUGCCGAAAUGGACGAUUAUGGCUACAAGUUCGCCAACUCCCGUCGUCGCUCCAACAGCAGCACUCAGGCUCUAGGGGACUUCAAGACCAAGUUCGAGGCGGUUGAUCAGGAUCCAGUCUUCGAGGAGGAGGUUCAUGGACCGACCCGCACCAACACCGAGGAUAGCAACACACUUGAAAAGGAAGAAAGCACCGAUACCAGCACCGUUGCCGGAAGCGUUGAGGAGGAAGAAGGAGCAAAGAAAAUUUGA